AUGUGCCUGCCUGUCUGCGUGUGUGCCUUCCUGUUUGCCUGUGUGCCUGCCUGCCUGACUGUGUGCCUGCCUGUCUGCCCGCCUGCCUGUGUGCCUGCCUGCCUGCCUGUCUGCCCGCCUGCCUGUGUGCCUGCCUGCCUGCCUGACUGUGUACUUGCCUGUGUGCCUGCCUGUCUGCAUGUCUGCCUGUCUGCCUGCCUGUCUGCCUGCUAUGUGCCUGCCUGCCUGACUGUGUUCCUGCCUGUCUGCCUAUGUGCCCGCCUGCCUGUGUGCCCGCCUGCCUGUCUGCUUGCCUGCCUGCCUGCCUAUGUGCCUGCCUGUGUGCCUGCUUGUCUGCAUGUGUGCCUACCUGCCUGCCUCGGUGCCUGCCUCUGUGUCUGUCUGUGUGCCUGUCUGCCUGCCUUUGUGUCUGCCUGCCUGACUGUGUGCCUGCCUGUCUGCCUGUGUGCCCGCCUGCCUGUGUGCUUGCCUGCCUAUGUGCCUGCCUGUGUGCCUGCCUGCCUGACUAUGUGUCUGCCUGUCUGCAUGUAUGUCUGCCUGCCUGCCUGCCUGACUGCCUGA